CACAGUGUCCAGCCCGGCAAAGGUUACAGACGCGAACAACGCCGCUGACAUUCACAUGAUGCUGUCUGAAGUGGUGCAGGUGCUGCGUGGAGCAGGUAAAGUGGGCUCUGCUCUGCUGAGCACGCAGGGGGAGCAGCUCUGCCUCAUGACCUCUAACUGCAGUCUGGGAGCAGGGCUGAAGGUGGCUCAGGGUCUGGUGCAGGGUCAGGUGCAGGGUCUGCUGGACCCCUUCAUGGGAGCCAGUCAUGAGCCAGACUCAGUCAAAGAAGACGUGUUUCCUGAUGCUGAGGGCUGGGAGAACAUGGACGUGGAUGAAGCAGCUCAGUGGGCUGUUGGCUCUCACUUCCCCUCUGAUGCAAGACAACAAAAGCACAAAGAAGCUGGAGCUGCAGUCGAUGUGUCAUCAGACGUACAUCCACCCUCAGGUGGAGCAGGAGGAGGGGCCAGCUGGCCGAGGCAGAAUGCGCGCUUCCUCCACAGCACAGUUUCACACGUUCACAGGUUCCACUGCCAGACCAGGUCUGUGCACGACACUGUGGAGGCCAGACUCACGGCAGAGGACAUCCAGAAGGCCAGGGAGGCCAAGCAGUCCCGAGUCAAACCUGUGAGACAGAAGUUAAGUGACCGUGCAAAAGAGAGCAAGGUGCCUGCCAGUAGAAUCAGCCGACUCGCUAACUUUGGGGGACUGGCAGUGGGGCUGGGACUGGGGGCCAUCGUAGAAGUGGCAAAACAGUCACUGGGAGGCAAACAAACAGGAGACACGAGCGCUCUGCUCGACUCUGUCCUCCUGUCCGAGGCGAACGCCGAGCGAAUAGUCAGUACUCUGUGUAAAGUCCGCGGAGCCGCGCUGAAGAUCGGACAGAUGCUGAGCAUUCAAGAUAACUCCUUCAUCAACCCUCAGCUGCAGAGGAUCUUUGAGCGCGUGCGACAGAGCGCAGACUUCAUGCCCACGUGGCAGAUGAAUAAGGUUCUGGAGGAGGAUCUGGGUCCUGGAUGGAGAGACAAACUGUCCUCUUUUGAAGACAAACCAUUUGCUGCUGCUUCCAUUGGCCAGGUGCAUCAUGGGGUAUUAAAGGAUGGUCGUGAAAUAGCCAUGAAGAUUCAGUAUCCUGGAGUAGCAGAGAGUAUCCACAGUGACAUUAAUAAUCUCAUGUCUGUGCUGAAGAUGAGUGUGGUCCUGCCUCAAGGUCUGUUUGCUGACAGCAGUCUAGAGGUUCUUCAGCGGGAGCUGGUGUGGGAGUGUGACUACAAGAGGGAAGCAGAGUGUGCCAGCAAGUUCAAGUCUAUGCUACAAGGAGAUGACUUCUUCCAAGUCCCCGACGUGAUUGAUGAGCUGUCAGGAAAGAGGGUUCUGGCCAUGGAUCUGGUACAGGGAGUCCCACUAGACCACUGUGUAGACCUGGACCAGGAGACCAGGAACCAGAUCUCCUUCAGGAUCCUCCAGCUGUGCCUCAGGGAGCUGUUUGAGUUCAGGUUCAUGCAGACGGAUCCAAACUGGUCCAACUUCUUCUACAACUCAGAGACCAACAAGGUUAUUCUGUUGGACUUUGGAGCAUGCAGAGGUUACCCACAGUCCUUCACAGAUGACUACAUACAGGUGGUGCACGCUGCUUCAGUGGGGGAUCGAGCGACUGUUCUUUCCAAAUCAAAGGAGCUGAAGUUCCUGACAGGCUUUGAGACGAAGGCAUUUGAGGACGCCCACGUUGAGGCCGUGAUGAUCCUCGGUGAAGCCUUUGCUUCCUCUGAGCCUUUUGACUUCGGCACCCAGAGCACCACCCAGCGCAUCCAGAGCCUCGUCCCCGUCAUGCUGCGCCACAGGCUCACCCCUCCUCCUGAGGAGACUUACUCCCUGCACCGCAAGAUGGCCGGCUCUUUCCUCAUCUGCUCGAAGCUGAACGCACGUAUAUCAUGCAAGGACAUGUUCCUGGACGUGCACAAGGCCUACAAUCACAGGAAGCAGGCGGCACAGGCGGCACCGGCGGCACCGGCGGCACCGGCGGCACAGGUGGCACAGGCGGCACAGGCGGCACAGGCCAAAGCAUAAACCCUCAGGAACAAGGUUACUACCUCACUAAGCUGAGGGGCUUCUGUGAAGAGGAACCCAAGGAUCGAUUCAUGAAUUCACACGCGUUGAUGUCAAUAUGCAACUGACUGUAUGACAGAAUGCUCCAAUGAAUGUGAAAUUGAAAACCAUUAUUCAAAACUAAAUCAUUGUUCUAAACCAUCACUCAUACUAAUGUCAUAAUACAUUAAACAUGGAUGAAGGCUUGAGGAGAAUGUUCCUUACAUCUCUCUGUCACAGUACACACAUUAUCAACUAUAACCAACUUGACUUUUUAAAAAGCGAGCUAUAUUCCCUUUCUGUGUUGCCAUGGUUGAAGUGAAUGAAUCGUUACGUCCUGCUCGUGUGUGUUGGCGAGAUAAGAAUGGGAUUUCCUGUCAUUGAGGACAGAUAAUAGUGGUGCCUGUAUAAUAACACUGUUGACACACAAGUGCUGUCCUUAUCAGAGUCUAAUGAUAAUGACUGAUCAUGGUUUUACAUUGUGACGCUCCAUAACUGACACCAUCAUUUAUUACUUUGUAGCUUUGAAAACUUGUUUUUUUGACACUUUGUAACAUAAAAGACGAAAUGCUUUUAUUAAACAAAAUCAAAUGGAGAAAAUA